UAGCACAUCGACAUGAUACGGAUUUCCACGCUUCCAUUUGCAGUUAUAAAUCAGCUGUACAGAUUUGACCCCAAAAAAAAUCAGCUGUACAGAAUGAUGUUGUUUUGGUAUUUCGAGAUUUGAAUGUCUGAGUUAAAAGCAUUAGGUUUUAUGUAUAUGCAAAAGUAUAUUGAUUCUUGAUAUUCACAAGCAAAAAUUCAUAUGACUCUUUGAAGAUUGUGUAACAUCAUUUUUAUUUGGUUUCAAUUAUACUUUAUAAACGUAUUCAAAUCAUUAUUAACUAGUACUGCAGCGGGAUACAAAUGACGCAUUUUCAGCUAAUAAACAAUUAUAGUUGUUUAAAUGCUAACUAUAAUACUAUUUAGUUUUGUAAUGUUAUCCGUCAGCUGUGAAUUGUCUAUUUUCUAUACAGAAAAAAACUCUACCCCAUCCCGUUAAAGAUUCCGCAGUGCCGAUUGGCUCAGUCGCUAAGAUGGUACAUUAGGAAAAUGACAAAUGUUUUAAUUGCUGUACGUAGUGUUACUAAAUAGUUUAUUCGAUUUCUAGCUAGGCUUAAUCGUUCAAAUGGUAGCAGUAUACCCUAUCAUUCGCAUUUUAUAUUUACGUUAAUUAUUUUUAAAGUUGAUCUUUACGCAAUAGACGAUAUCGUAGUGAUAUCCUCGAUGCCUAUAUUAUAAUGUCCACCACAGAAAACAACUAUUCAAUAUCUUCUUCCUUGGUAUUCUUUUUAUGGGAGGCACAUGCAAACGAUGCAUGAAAACCGACCACUCCUAUUCAGGUAAAGCCUCAACACAACGAUGAAUGGCCAGUGCAAAGCCACGUAGUCAAGAUCGACGGUGAUCGAUGACUGGGACCCAUACUUUUCCUCCACGUGAAGUCAUCAAGGAAGAAAGCCACCGAUGAUACCGACGUGUAUGGUCAAGAUCUACCUAAAAACAUAUCCCGUGUUAGACGGCUCAGAUUCUCUAAACGGCUACUGUAAUACUUAUUUCAUGAUCCAACGGCUUUGAUACAAUCGGCGGUGACCGUCCUAGAGGGGUUCUCGGGACUUGUACUGCAUUGCGCAAUUGGAAUGUAAACUUGAAGCUAUAUGCUGCGACAUUUCUGUGUAAAAACAAAUAAAUACUAAAAAAUAAUAGAUUAAAAAAAUACGCAUUAUUAUUGGUGGUUUCAACUAUAAAAAGAAAACAGCUGGGCCAGUGACAAGCAACAUCUGUCCUCUCGAGGUUAGGGUUCUUUAGAGAGAGUUUAUAUCUUAACGAACGAUCCUUUGUGGAAGCUUUAAUACUAACAUGUUUUAAAAACUCUUCGUUUUCUCUUUCUUUUCUAAACAAUUGGAAAAUUAUAAACUUAUAGAGCUUUCGAUCGUAUUAUUUGGUAGAUCGUCGCCAUUAAAACGAAUAUAUUUGUUUUCCCCUUGUUUUUAUUGUUCAAUAUCUCAUAAACUACCCUCUUUUCUUGAAACUAUAUUAAAGAAAAUUUUCAAACCAAUGGAAACAAUAUCAGUGCAACGUUCACCGGGUAAGCAGGUUUCUGGUAUGAGGCCAUUCAAGAACCCUAGAAGGAGGAGUUCUCGUGGUUCUCUUUCUAGAUCCGGAGGAUGUUUGGCACCGUCUUGGGGAUCUUCCCCUGCGUAUCCUCCGCCGCCGCCUAACUACUCGCAGCCUCCUCUUCUCCCUCUUCCACGUGUCAACAGCUCAACUCUUCCUCUACAACGCGUCAACAGUUCUCUCCCGCGUGUGUACAGCUCUACUCUUCCUUGCUCCCAGACAAGAGCAACGUCGUCUGAAACACAGCAGAAGAAAUUAGACUACGUUGAUUCUGUACCGAGACUGAUUCGAACAGGCUCGGUUCCGGUCUGGUCUAACCACCCGCGUGAUUUCCCUAAAGGAUUAAUUGAUGGUUAUCCCGGUCCAGCAAUCUUGCUACUAUCUCCUCCACCGAGCAGUUUGCCCAUGCCUAAGUUUUCGAUCAAACCGAAGCUUCGUUGCAACGCAGAAGCUGCAGGCAAAACUGACUUAGCCACCGAUAAUAUCCGGCGAGUUUUACAGCUCCGGUGAAAGGUGGUGGUGCUAUACUGCUACGUAACGUUGAUGGUAUUACUAAUAAAAUAAGCCCAUGGGCUUUUAUGGGCUUGUAUCUAUCUUAUUUUUAAAGUGAUAGAGCUCUCUCCUUUUGUGUGAUUUGCUAAGCCGUAAUAACUUUUUAAAAGGCUUUGUUGGCACAAAGUGUAGCCUUACCGGAAUAUAUUUUCUUUUAUACUGUUUCCUUUGUUUAAGAUUAUUCCCAAUAUUUCUAUAAUAUUAUUUGAAAAUUCCUA